AGUGGUUCCUUUUCCCAUUCACAUAUGGCGACUCGGCCAGAGCAUAUAGCCCCACCAGAGUUCUUCUAUGAUGAGGAAAUGGCUGAGAAGUACGCGGCGAACAGCCGUAUGAUCGACAUCCAGAGCAAGAUGACUGAGAGAGCAAUCGAGUUGAUGAUGUUGAGUGACGAUGAGCCCAGCUUGGUCCUCGACGUAGGAGUAGGGUCGGGGAUCUCUGGAGGGGUCCUUGGAGACCAUGGUCAUUUCUUUGUUGGUCUGGAUAUAUCAUCGGCUAUGCUCAACGUGGCACUAGAGCGAGAGGUCGAUGAGAGUGGUGAUUUCCUCCAGGGAGACAUGGGCCAGGGCUUUGGUUUCCGACCGGGCACUUUCGAUGGAUGCAUAUCCAUUUCUGCUCUCCAGUGGCUGUGCAACUCUGACGUCAAAAGUCAUGAGCCGUAUCGACGGCUGAGGAAGUUCUUCCAGGACUUGUUCAAUUGUCUAAAAAAAGGCGGCCGAGCAGUAUUGCAAUUCUACCCUGAGAGUGGCGAACAGGUUGAGAUGAUCACCAGUGCCGCUAUGCGUUCGGGUUUCGGAGGUGGCCUUGUGGUUGACUUCCCUCACUCCUCGAAGGCCAAGAAGCAUUUCCUUGUACUAUACGCCGGUUUCAACGGAGCAGUGCCUCAAGGCCUGACUGGUGCUGCUGGUGGUGGUGAAGCAAUGGCUGAGGGCGACUCAGCAGUGCGGAAUGCUGGGAGGAUGACUAGAAAUAGGGGCCUUAGGAGAAGGGAUCAGAUACAUGAAGGGAGAGCAGCCGUUAAGUCUCGGAGCUGGAUCCAGGAGAAGAAGGAACGACAUCGUGCCCAGGGUCGUGAUGUUAAGCAUGACUCGAAGUACACUGGAAGGAAGAGAAAGCCACGGUUCUGAGCAGGAUGGUCGUCUUGGUGUAUUGUACGUCGAACUCCACAAGAACUUCAUUACG